CGAGAAGAACUCAGCUCUGUCUGAAACAAUGAGAGCUUAAGUAGAGAAGUUAGCAUUCAUUGAUUUCAUUCAUGACCUACCUACCUGUACGACUGAAAGACAAAGCAGCUGGAUUCAUAUGCAACAAGGCAGAUAUUUCUCCAAGAAGUUCUCUGCCAGAACAGCUGAAACGUCUUCUCAGUUCGCUACGGUUUAUUCCUCUGCUUGACUAUCUUUCCUCGGUUCACUACAACUUUCUGCAAUGGCGAGUGCUAUGAUGGGUGCACCCAAGGAAAUGACCAACGUGGAGAACAGUGAGAAGGUUGAAGAGCUUGGUCAGUUUGCUGUAAAUGAAUACAACACGAAGGAGGGAAAGAAUUUGCAGUUCAAGAAAGUGGUCUCCGCAAAGGAGCAAGUGGUGCAAGGAGUCAUGUAUCACCUCACAAUUGAAGCCAGUGAAGGUGAUGAAGCUGAAAAGUUAUAUGAAGCCAAGGUGUGGCAGAAGCCUGGAGAGGAGCCCAAGACUCUUGAGAAAUUUGUGCCGAAGACUAGUGAAGCUGUCACAAGAAUUACUACGCAGAAGCUGCAGGUGGUUUCAGUUGACAAUCCUUCAGUCAAGCUAGCAGCAGAGCAAGCCAUGGAAGCAUAUAAUGCGAAAUCUAACUCCCUCGUCCGCUACGAGCUUGUUCAGAUCACAAAUGCUCACGCCAAGCUUAUCAAAGUGGUCGAUGACAGCACCCCAGUCUCAUGUAUGGGUAAGUUAGGUAGCAUGUGUGGUAAGCCAGGUAAGGAGCAAGAGAGCUAUGAGCUCGAAAUGACCGUGUCCAGAGGUGAAAAGGAAGAAAGUGUGAAAGCUGAGGUACACCACAGUGUGGAUGGUGAAUGGACAGUGAAGCACGUUACCCCCGUGUAAAAUAUACUUGGAUUCAUAUUCUAGACGGCAUAGAGGUGAAUCUUCUUAUAAAGGUGGUCUCUCACAGAAUUGACUGCUGUGACUCAAAGGACUUGAAAAUCUGCACAAGCUCUGUCUCAUCUAUCUAUCUGGUGGAAGUACAACAACACGACUAACACAUGUACCAAUAGCAUGUCAGCAUUGAGCCAGAAGGGGAACGUUUGACGAAGGAUCUCUUAUUCUUCAGAGCAGGCUCAAGAGAUAGGAAGAAAAUUUGAGAUGCAUGCCUAGCUAGUUUGCUAGGAUAUGAUCGACCAGAAAUUCAAUGUCUUGUCGUACAUAGGCAUAAAGAUUUUGAUAAUCAAGGCAGAGGACUAGGGCAGAAACGUAGGGAUGGAACCACGUGCCACUUCACUUUAGUUAGAAAUGUAGGACAUUUGCAGCUCUUCAUAUCUCGACAGUGAACUGUAAAAGAAUAAAAGUCUUCCAGCCC